AAGGCAAAACUGUCAGUUCGUGUAAGCUUAAUUGUCGUUAUUUAGUCGACUAGUUUACUUCGACUACACCUGUUCUCGUGAACGCGAAGGUGUGUGAGGCUUUUCCCUGAAAUGUCACUUGAGGGCUUCCGUACGAAUCAACGGAUAUCACUUGACGGUAUUCGCGUGAAAAUUGUUGUGAAAAGCUUGUUUCAGAAGUUCACAUAUGUAUCCAAUUCUUGCACAUUUAGCUUGUUUUCUCGAGCUCUAAAUGGCUCCCCUGAACUACAGUUAGUUAAUAUGCGGAAAACAUAUAAUAGAGAUUAAAGAUGAAAUUGGCGGGAAUUGUCACCUGAGUGAGUUCUUUCCAGUGGUCCUGAUGAGCGUUUCCAAACCACCUCCGCCCCAUUCCCAUUUCCCUCCCAGUAACCCUUCCUCCCAUCUCUCCCUGCCUCCAUCCUCCUCUACCUCCCCCUCUCCCUCCACCCCUCCCUCCGCUGUGGGUCCCCCCAGCCCCGCUCUGCCUCCUCCUCCCUCCCCAGUCAAGAUCUCCAUGCAGGAGCACUUUGCCAUCAAUGUGUGCCCCGGCCCCAUCCUCCCCAUCCCACAGAUCUCUGACUUUUUCCCUCGUUUCCACGACUUCCCCAUCACCCCCCUUCCACCCCGGGAGAAACAGGUUCUAAAGGACAAAGACAAGGACGAAGACGGGAAUGGAGAGAAAGACCAUAAGAGGGAGAGAGAGCAAGGGGAGAACGGAGAGUUUGCCGACUCGGAUGACGAUGACACCUACCUGGGAACUCUGGAGUUCAGCCUGCUAUUUGACCAAGAAAAUAACUGCUUGCACUGCACCGUCCACAAGGCUAAAGGGUUGAAGGCCAUGGACUCCAAUGGACUGGCGGAUCCAUAUGUGAAACUCCACCUCCUGCCUGGAGCAAGCAAGGCAAAUAAAUUACGCACUAAGACUUUAAAGAACACGCUGAAUCCAGUGUGGAAUGAAACGCUGAUCUAUCAUGGCAUCACGGCUGCUGACAUGACCACCAAAACCCUCAGGCUGUGUGUGUGUGAUAUGGAUCGUUUAGGACGGAAUGAGUUCAUAGGUGAAGUCAGGGUGGCCCUCAAGAAACUGAAGGAGGGAGAGAGCAAGAAAUACUACAUGGGCCUUGAGAGAAUUGCACAGACCCGGGAGGGUAACAGCCAGGCAGUGGAUCCUGGGGUUCUUGUUGCAGAAGAAGAGCGUGGUCGUAUCCUGGUCUCUCUGAUGUACAUCACAGAGAAGAGUUCUCUGAUUGUGGGAAUUAUUCGCUGUGCUCACCUCGCCGCCAUGGAUUCGAAUGGCUACUCAGACCCCUUUGUCAAAAUUGUUUUGCAGCCUAACAUGGGGAAAAAGUCCAAAUACAAAACCUCAGUAAAGAAGAAGACACUAAACCCAGAGUUUAACGAGGAGUUUACCUAUGAUGUCCCGCAUGAUCAGCUGGCCAAGAAAACCCUGGAAAUCUCAGUCUGGGACUACGACCUGGGCAUGAGCAAUGACUUCAUAGGUGGCGUUGAAUUGGGGAUUAACGCAAAAGGAGAGAGACUGAAACACUGGUUUGAGUGUCUAAAAUACAAAGGAAAGAAAGUGGAGUACUGGCACACACUGACACAGCAAGGAGCCCCUAGCAGUGACUAACACACAAGCACACACAUGUUAAUUCUCUGCUAAGUAAUACAAAGAUAAUGGAGUAAUAAUGAUAAAGAAAUGCAAUAAUGCUCAGUCUGAGAAUGAUGAUGAUGACGUUCCAUAUUAAUGUGUGAGAAAAAGCAUAAUAAUCUAUUGUACAGCUAAGUGUCACAUUCUUUUGUGAUGAGAAAGAAGCAAGUGUGUGUUCACAAGCCCAGAUUGUGACACACAAAGAAUCGACCCCUUUUUCUGGUCUACACGUCACUAAUGUGAAAUCGUACUGUGUUGUGACUAUGCCACAGGAGCUCAUGCCAUAUUAUAGUGUUAUUGUUUAUUACAUGUUAAACGUGUAAUAGCAUCCUGGUGUUUGUUACAGUUGGUGGUGCCGUAAUUUUGCACACUGUCAAAGCACAACACAUCCAGCUGAUUGUAAAUGUCUAUGUGUACCUAUGUAUUUACCUUUUGUGAUUUGUUACGAAUGAAAGUUUACAGUCUCUUCCAGCCCGACAAAAACAUGACAAAGCACAAAGGACGGCACAUGAAGGAACUCUAAAGCAAUGAAAAUAAUUGUCUAUGGAUUUAAGCGUUCACUCAAGAACUGCCGCCUGUCACUUUGAGCAGAACCAAACGACAGUCACCUCAACGCGAAUGUGUGUGUGUGUGUGUGUGAAUGUCCCUGUCUGUGUUUUGUCUUUGUAUGUGUCUUGGUUAAAUGUUUGUAUAGUCUACAAAAAAAAAUGUGCUGAUGCACAUUGACAGACUUUUUCGCUUUCUCUCCGGCACCCUCUACUGGUUUAGAGGUCUAACCGCCAGUACAGAGGGUGAAUCGCCUCUGGCAGGCCUCAUGCACAACUGCACGCCCCAUUAGGGGUUAAAUUAGCAAUCAAACAAAGCCUUUGAAGGACAAACUACCUGUCAAGGACAACUUUGGGUCGCACAAGAGUCAGAACACAAAAUCUGGGUUGAUUUGCUUUGUCGUCCUGACAGUUAGCUCUGUGAAAAGAUGCACAUUUCUUGCCAUGCGUGGGGAUUUUGGCUAUAAUCGUAUCCAUGUGAUAGCAUUUAUUAGCUAUUUAUAACAUUCAAAUCAUCAACUUUUCAUCUAGCCUUGACAUUUUAGGCAUUUAAUUGCACAAAAACGUAUUGUUAACCUCGUCCUUUCAUGGCCCUCAUCCCUCAUUCCAAACUUGGAGUUCCGGGGGGGGGGGUUAAUUUUGAGUUAUCAAAUUAAUGGCCUAAAUGGUGUAUAAUUAUAAAAAAUGUAUUCUA